AUGCAGACGCGACCAACCCUCACUGCCUUCGCGGUAGUGGGAAAUGCUAGAACGUGUACGGAAACUGAGGUGGUCAUAUUAGGUGCCGGUGUGGCGGGCGUGACUGCUGCAGAAACACUGCACAACAACGGUGUCGAAGAUUUUAUCGUACUAGAAUAUCAGGACCGUAUUGGUGGGCGGAUGCACGAGGUUACCUUUGGCAAAGGGCAACAAUAUGUAGUGGAGGCUGGGGCUAACUGGGUACACGGAACUGGAGGACCUGAAACACAUGUGAAUCCCAUUUGGGACUUGGCUAUUAAAGCCAACCUCCGCACACUAACCAGUGAUGUUGAGAAUGCCACGGUAUACGACCAGACGGGAGAAAUACCACCCGAGCUCCUGUUCAACGCACUGAAAGCUGUCAGCGACGCCGAUUCCAAGGUCCUCGCCGACGCUGGCCUCCGACUUCACCACCACCUCGAAGACCGCACAUACCGCGCGGCCCUUUGGCGGAAGGGAUGGAACCCGAAAGAGACAAACCACAGCCAAGGCGGAAGAGACUUCCGAGAUCUAUACCGCAGCAACGACCAAUGCGACGGCCAAGUUCUUCAUGUAGCAGAUCCACUCUUCGAAGGACAGAAUGCUUGGCGCCUUCGGAAAAACACCAUCGUCAAAGAGAUUGAGCACGACGAUGACUCCGUGACAGCAUAUAGCACGGAUGGGAAAUGUGUGCGAGCCAACUGUGAAAUUUACACCCGAACUACCAAGGUGGAAGAAAGAUGCCAUUGUGAGCUUCGAAAUGGUCACGUAUACCAAAAUAUUCAUGCAAUUUCCGCGUUCCUUCUGGCCCAAAAACCACCAUUGGAUGUUCCCGGGGUGCUGGAAGGAUCGAAUAUCCUCGUCGUUACUGUUGUCAACGAUCAGGCGCAUCGGGUUGAGCGGCAAAGCGAGGACAAGACCCAAGCCGAGAUUAUGGAAGUGUUGCGCAAGAUCUUUGCGGAUAAGACCAUCCCGGAACCGAUAGACAUUUACUAUGCGAGGUGGACGCAAGAACCUUGGUCGUACGGCUCGUACUCGAACUGGCCACCCGCAGUAUCUGCCCAGACCCAUCGGAAUCUCCGAGCGAAUGUUGGGCGGGUUUUCUUUGCUGGAGAGGCUACAAGCCCAAGCUUCUCGGGCUUUCUGCAUGGUGCGUACUAUGAAGGGAAGCGUGCGGCGAAGUCCAUUACAUCGUGCCACUACGGCCCGGGAUGGAAUGCCUGCAAUCCCGAUACAGAAUGGGAUGGCGCUACUCCGUCUCUUGGGUUCGCGUAA